GGGAUUCAGAGGGGCGGGGCCCGUGAGUGGCUGAUCUGGGCCCUGCUGGAGAGUUUGAACUUGGGGCUGGAGCCAGGCGGGGCCCGGGCCAUGGAGCGCCGGGCGGCUGGGUCCCUGGGGCCACUCUCUGAGGAGAACUUCCUGCGCCUGGCCGAGGGCGGGGUGCAGAGCCCCGAGUUCACCGCGCUCUGCGCCCAGCUGGUGGUGGAGCUCCGAGCCCUCUGCCCCUUGGAGGAGGACGUCAGUCCCACCAGCGGCCCUGAAGAUGCUGAGACCUUCCAGAUUGAGCUGAGCGGGCUGCUGCAGGAGCUGCACUGCCCCUACACUGCGCUCACCACAGGGGACGUGACUGCCCGGCUGGGCAGCACCCACAGCUGCCUCCAGCUGCUGUACUUCCUGAGCUCGGAGCUGCAAGCCGCCCGGCUCCUGAGCUGGAAACGCCCCCCUUCGCCGCGGCAGGGAGCGGGGGCCGACGCUGCCCGGCGGGAGCUGCGGCUCAUCAACCAGGCGCUGGGCCGGCCGGAGCCGGCCCCGACCUGCCCCAUCCCCCAGCUCCUGGAGGACAUAAAAUCCAAGGUAGCGGAGGCCCUGUCUGCGCUGCCUGCCGGCCCCGAGGAGAUGGCGCCGCUGCUGAGGGUGCCGCUGACGGCUCAACAGUGGGAAGCGCUGGAGGGGAUCCGGCAAGCCCUGUGUGCCGAGUAUGAAUGCCGGAAGCGCAUGAUGAUCACGCGCUUCAACGUCACCCUGCAGUCCUUCCACUGGUCCGAGAGGGCCAAGGCCCAGGGUGCCGCCCUGCUGGCCGCCGUCUCCCCGCUGCGGCAGGCUGAGUCGGUCGCCUCCGGCGUCACCCUGGCCCGGCUGCUGGCCGCCCGCGAGGACGCCUCACGCAUCGUCAGCACCAGCAGCGGGUGCUGCCGCCAUCGGACCAGCUGCGCCAUCAACAAGGUGCUGAUGGGCGGCGUCCCGGACCGAGGGGGCCGCCCCAAGGAGAUCGAGCCCCCCAUGCCCACCUGGGAGAAGAGGCGAGAAGGUGGGGGAGGCCAGCAGCGCUGGGGCCGACGGGGCAAGAAGAAGAAAUGAAGCCUGCUCCGUCUCUGCCGGGAGCUCCCCCCACACACUGCAGGGGGGUGGGCAGAGCAUCUGGGGGGCAAAGACCCAAGGACUCAGAGCCCAACUAGGCAGAGUGGGCGGUGGAGGGGAGUUGGGGCUCAGAGGGGCUGCACCCCCCUACAGCCAGGGGGUGAUAGAGCAGCUACUGAUCAGAUUCCAGGACGCCUGGGUUCUGGUCCCAGCUCUGGGAGGGGAGUGGGGUUUAGAGUUGGGGGGGGGGGGGGGGGGCUGGGAGCCAGGACUCCUGGGUUCUCUCUCCAGCUCUGGGAGGGGAGUGGGGUCUGGUGGCUAGAGCAAGGGGGGCUGGGAGCCAGGACUCCUGGGUUCUCUCUCCAGCUCUGGGAGGGGAGUGGGGUCUGGUGGCUAGAGCGAGGGGGGCUGGGAGCCAGGACUCCUGGGUUCUCUCCCAGCUCUGGGAGGGGAGUGGGGUCUGGUGGCUAGAGCGAGGGGGGCUGGGAGCCAGGACUCCUGGGUUCUCUCCCAGCUCUGGGAGGGGAGUGGGGUCUGGUGGCUAGAGCGAGGGGGGCUGGGAGCCAGGACUCCUGGGUUCUCUCCCAGCUCUGGGAGGGGAGUGGGGUCUGGUGGCUAGAGCGAGGGGGGCUGGGAGCCAGGACUCCUGGGUUCUGGGAAGGGAAGUGCAUGGAGUGUACCAUGUUGCACUUAACACAUUCCCCAGCAGGGGGUGCUGCAGCUUUUGCUUUGGCAAUCAGAAUUUGGAGCGGACUGUUGUAGAAGAGGCUGCUGGGAGGGGGCGGGUGGGGGCUCGGUGGCUGUGCACUGCUUGUUGAUUGAUUGUCAUUUGUAAACUGAGGCACGAGGCGGUUGCCUUGCUGGUGUGGAGGGUCGGGUCCUGCCCUGGGGACCUUGCCGGGCUGCGUUCAGGGGCUCUGCAGGGGGCUGGCAGGUUGAUCUCUGCUGUUGUAAAUGUCAGGCUCUGGGCUCCAUCCAGGGGUCGGUUUGUACCAUGAUCCAAGGGCCCUUCCGAGGGGAUUAAAGUGUCGAAGCAA